ACGCCGAGGUUUCCCGUAGAAUGUCACGGGAUCUUUACUCGAGCAGUGGCGUGAUCGGUCCAGGUGGUGGCACACGUUCGCCACGCAGCGGUCGUCGCGUGGGCGAACUGCCAACCGUCGAUCGCAGUCCGUCGCGAAGUUAUGCCAGCGGUCGUGGAAGUCCGCUCGGUGGUCGUAAACGGGGAACUCGCAGUGGUAACAAUUCGCCGGAGCACUUAGGCUACGGCGGAGGCUACCAUCACCAUCAGCUGGGCAGCCCGUACUACUCCCGCGACGAGGACCUCGGCAGUCCCGUGAUGCUCGAGGAGAGGGGUAGGAGUAUGUCGACCGGGGGCGGUGGGGGCGGACAUCACCGAUCCAGAAGCGCCUCGAGACCCGCCAUGUCCAGCUCGGCGGGCAUGGUAGCGCGUUACACCAGCCUCGAUCGUGCCUCCGCUGGCGUUCUCGAUCAUGAUCGGGAAUUCGUGCCGAUACGCGAGCCGAGUCGCGAACGUAGUCGCGAUCGCGGACUCUACCUGGAAGACGAGUUAUACGGUUCCAGGUCAGCGCGUCAGAGCCCGAAUCCGCACAUGCUACGCGACGGCGGAGGCUACAUCGGUGAGCUCCAGCAUCAGAACAACGAUCUACAACGUGAGCUCGGUAACCUGAAGAAGGAGCUCGAGUUGACGAAUCAAAAAUUGGGCAGCUCGAUGCACAGUAUCAAGACCUUUUGGAGUCCAGAACUGAAGAAGGAACGGGCGUUGCGCAAGGAGGAGAGCACCAAAUACAGUCUAAUCAACGAACAACUUAAGCUACUCAAUUCAGAGAAUCAGGUCAGUCGAAAAUUCUCUUUUGCGGUCGAUUCGCGAUGUUCGGUUUAG